GAGCUCUGCUCUGUGUGUGCUUGUUUGAAGCAAAGACGACAGGAAGAGGCAAUGGAAGAGGUGGUUUUUUACUCAAGUGAAGGUGUUGCUGAUGAUAAGCAAGGCACGCUGUCAUUAGCUGUUGCCACAACGCUGCACUCACAGGCACAGACGUUGGCGUUCCGUCAGGCCUCGUGCUAUCCCAAUGGCUCAGCUAUCACGGGCACUAAAGCUGGUGAUAGGGUAUUUGUAGCUGCUAAGGGGAAGGCACUGAUCAACGUAUACACUUGGGGCAAGGAGUCUCCAGAUCAAAGAAUCCCAGUUCCUGAACAGUUGUGCUGUUUGGUGUUAUGCCCAAACACCAUGGAGCCCGAUGCAUUUCGAGAGGGAGAUUGCGAUGAGGUGGAUGACACCCACCUCCCCAAGUACAGAUUACCCUUUUUACUCAUUGGUGGUGGUAUAAGUGGUAGACUGUACGUGUGGGAACUCAACUCAGGUCUGCUGCUGAAUGUUAAGGAGGCGCAUUACCAAAUGCCCACGGUUAUGAAGGUUUCCAGUGAUGGUUGUCAUCUGGUUACAGCCGGUAAGGAUGCCCGUGUGCUGGUCUGGAGAAUUGCAGAUUUGGUUCAAUUGCACAAGAACGAUGAGGACUUUGUCGUCAAGCCGGUCCAUGUCAUCUCAGACCACACUUUGGAAGUUACAGGGCUGGCUUUGAACAACAACAUCCACGCAGAUUGCAAGCUGUACACCGUUUCUAAAGAUUCCACCAUCAGGGUCUACUCGUUUGCAACUUUCCAAUUACUCACGACGUUUGUCAUCAACGGACAAAUCGACUCCAUAGCCGUUGACGAUGCUGACCGUGCCCUCUAUGUUGGAUUGGAAGAUGGUAACAUUCGCCUUAUCAACCUCUACGAACCAAACAGGGCUACAAACGUCUUGGAAGCGAUUGGUGGUUAUGGUAAGACAAUCACUCUACAGCCUGACGCUGAGCUGAAAAACACCAUCACAUACCACUCUGGGAGCUCAGUAACACAGCUUGCGUUGACAUUGGACGGCUCACAGCUGAUCAGUGGUGAUUCCAAGGGACGUGUUGUCGUUGUAGAUUUGGUGUCGAAGCAAGUUGUCCACGAGCUGAAGCAGGUCCAUGGAGCCAUAACGAACCUGGCUGUGCUGAACAGCUAUCAGACCUUCGACAACUCGACUGUCGAGAAGAACUCGAGAGCAGUACCGCAGCUCAAAAGAGUCAUUGCAUCGGGUGAGUCCAAGGAGCACGACGUGCUUUUCCAAAUCAGUGAACCUGAAGACACCAAACUGUUUGAUAUCGACUCGUAUCUGGAAAGAGUCGGCAAGGAAUCGCUUGUCUUCCAAAACCUCACGACCGUGGACUCCGAAGUCAUCGUCAGCUACUCUGAUGGUGCUAAGGACUCUAGGAUCAAAGAGCUGGAGAGUGAGGUUCUCAAGAUGAAGAGCGCAUAUAAGGAUCUCAGAGCCAUGUACGAAGAUCUUUACGAGGAGAACUCGAAACUGCGUGGAUGAGCCCCCCUAAUGUAUAAUAAUCAACAUCAAUUCAACCGUUUACAUAGCUUGUUUCCC